AUGGGUUCCGUCGUUCUGCCACAUCUGCGUACGGCCUGGCACGUCGACCAGGCUAUCCUUUCCGAGGAGGACAGACUUGUGGUCAUCCGAUUCGGUCGCGAUCACGAUGUCGACUGCAUGCGUCAGGACGAAGUCCUUUUCAAGAUCGCUGAACGUGUGAAGAACUUCGCCGUAAUCUACCUCUGCGACAUCGACGAGGUACCCGAGUUCAACACGAUGUACGAACUCUUCGACCCAAUGACCAUCAUGUUUUUCUACCGGAAUAAGCACAUGAUGUGCGAUUUCGGCACAGGUAACAACAACAAGUUGAACUGGGUGCUUGAAGACAAGCAGGAGAUGAUCGAUAUCAUCGAGACCAUCUACAAGGGUGCGAAGAAGGGACGUGGUCUGGUCGUCAGCCCGAAGGAUUACUCGACGAGGUACCGUUACUGA